UUUUCGUCUUCCCCCGUCCCGUUCCGGCCGUGCGGACGUGCGGCAACCGUGCGCGCUCGGCGCUCCUCUCCUAGACUCCUACCUCUGCAGCAGGCCUCCUGAUCGGUUCUGAUCGCCGCAGGAACACUCCUCCCGAAGCAGAGCCCCCCCUGCAGUCUACAUAACGAACACCUGCAGGAGUUCGCAGCACGCCACUGCACGCGGCGUCCCGCGUCCACUGACCGCGGGCCACUCGCCACAGGAGGACGACGACGAGGCGGCGGCGGCGGCGGCGGCGGCGGCGGAAAGGCAACCGUGCCCGGCGAUCCUCACGUGCUGCUGCCGAGGUAAGCCUAAAGCCUUCAACCGCGAUUACAUCGGCAUAGCCGCAUAGGCGUAGGCGACCUUUCUCUUGCUACUCGCUUGCUGGCUUCCUUUGAUCGGCUCGCCUCGUCGCGAGUUCCUCCGGCGUGACUCCACACUCGCGUUCUGGGGAGAUUCGAACCGGCUUCUCGUCGGGAACUUGGGAGUUGGGAUUUGGAGGCCUUCGGGAAUUCGUGGAGAGGUGUUCCAAUGGCGUCUUGGCGCCCCACGUCCAGCGGCGCCGAUUCCUGCCGUGCGCUCGAGCUGCAUUGGGGGUCAUUUCUUGAGAAAUUCGGAGGAACCCCAGCGAUGGAUCCUCGCCGUCUUCGAAAAACUGCCCAGAUUUCUCAAACUUCUUCCUGCAGGUUUUCAGUUUUGAUUCCGACGCUCAAUCCGAACCCAUUUUUUCCCCGGGAAAAGAAAACGAAAAUAUUUUUUGGGGGACUGAUCGGAGCUGCACAGCUGCAUGCGCUGCUUCUCCUUGUCCUUGGCUUGGCGUCCUCGUCGCGCUGUGCUGUGACCGACCCGUACGGCGCCUUUUCGGUGAAAUCCUUUGCGCCCAAGUCAAGUGUCCCUUUCCGUUCGAUCCGGUCAGAUUCGAUGUGCGCAUUCAGACCGAUGCCGCCGCUCGCUUCAGAUCCAAAAGCGCCGCGCCCUGUGUCGCGGCGUGCCCGUCUCGGACGACUCCGGCGAGCUUCUUCCUUUACCCCCUGACGGCAGGCCGCUCAACUCGAAGCCAAUUUUGAAUGCAUCAGGCUGCAUUUCAUGCUAGUUUAUUUUCAUCAGCUACCGCUACGUGAUGGUAGACCCGCCACCGCCAUGUCUGUUUUCUCGUCAAGUUCUUCAUUGUUUUUAAAUAAAUUCUGGAGGUUUGGAUUUUGUGUUCUUUUGUUUGCAUCGAACCGAUGGCCUCCUAGUUCCUAGAUGGUAGAGUGCUGAUGAGCGAUCGCUGUUUCCCCCUCUGCUAGCUGCUUCUAUUCCAGUUGUACUGAAAAUCUGCUUCGGCCACUAAGAUCCAUGGCUCGAUCAUGUGUCUCUGUCGGCCGCAGAGAUUUUCCAGAUGAACCACCCCUUGUGACGUCGCAGCCGGCGAGUAGCGGCACGAAACGUAGCGGCUCGAUUUGGAGCUAGUUCAGUGCCCACCAUCUGUUCUUGCCAUGGCUCUGCUCUGAGCCCCAUGUCCGUGUGGAGAGCUUUCUUCCCGCUAGGGGACCGUUCCCGACCUGUCCAUGGCAUGGCGCCAACGGCAUGCCCGUGAUGAGAGCGACCCGGCGCGGUAGCAACAAACCGGGGGAGUUCCCCAUGGUCCUUGCCUCCAUGGCCGACCGCAUGGCCGCGGCACACGCGGCUGUCCCCAUUCGGCAUUACCGGCCAGUGGGGAGCGUGCGCCGUCGGCGCCGUUCGCGUCCAUGAACAGAGCCGGCGGGGUUCCUGCCCCCGAUGGCAACGGUGGUGGUGGUGGGGACUUGGGUUUUGUUUCUCUCGUGUCUAAGGUGGUUAAUGAAAGCUUCUACCUCGGCUGACUAUCCCGGUGGUUGGAUCGUGUCUUGUUGUGGUGGUAGAUCCGCGUGGUUUGGCGUCGCCUCGCCGCGGGGGAGACGGCGUCAUCAGGCGUGGCGCGGUAGCUCGAUCUUGAUGAGAGCCGCGCCGAUGCGGGUGGCACCUCUCGGCGCGCGCGGCUAUUCUUCCUCAUCUUCUUCAUGGACGCCGUCGUGAAGGGUGAGCGCAGGAAGGCCGCUGUGGCUGCGGCUGCGGCCGAUGGCGAGCAGCGACGGCCGCCGCUCGUGCAGUCCGAGAAGAACAAUGCUGCGGCUGCUCCGGCUGGUCGGAGAAGAGAGGUGCCCUCCAGGUUCAAGCCCGUUGCGCCACCGGCAACUCCUGCAGGGAGGCGGUGCGCGUCCCCGAGCCUCGGCCGGGCGCCGGCAGCCGACUGCUCGGCGACGUGCAACAGAGCGCGGUCUGCUGACAGAGCUAGGCCUGCCGCGCCCGCGCCUUCAGGUGCCCCGUCUUCUCGGCUGAAGCCCUCCACCCUUGCCGCCGCAAGGUCCAGUUCGCCGGCCUGUGACACGGCCACCGAGGCACACGGGCACUGCGCUGCUCCCCGUGCAAGGAAUGCGAAGGCCUCCAAUGGCUUGUGGGCGUCUGCACGGAGCUCGUCUCCCUCUGUCCGGCCAGAGCCCGUGCAAGCAGCUGCAGGCCAUGCCAAGAAGAUAGAUAGGCUAGUCCUUGGCUUACCUUCAGAGCAGAAUGAACUGCGGUCAGGAGCUGCGGCUGAGAGGAAGAGGAGUCCUCUUAGAGGGAGGGCCGACAACAUCAGCGACCAAUGUGAGAAUGCUCGGCUAUCAGAAUCUCCAGCCAACAGGAUCACUGAGCGACAUCGGUGGCCGGGGAUGAUGACCGGCCGGGGCUCUGCUGAUCUCACUUCGACAAGCGCUGCUCCUGCUGAAAGGACUAGCAGGUUGGUCUCUUCAUCAAAUGCUUCAUCAGGAUGCUCUCCAAGGAGGGUGCAUCCAUCUGAAGGAAUGGGCAAGAGGCUGAAGCGACCGUCGAAGGAGAUGGCAAUGAUCGUUCACCGGAGAAGAAAGGGUAAUCCAGAUUCUAGCAGUGACACCUCUUCUCAGACGUCAAAAAGCUCUGAAUCCACUUGUCACCCGAGCAAAGCCAUCCCGGUUCUGCACAGAUCGUCGUCACCGAAACAGGGCUCGUCAGCUGCACCAUCUACUUCCAGGUGCUGCCAGAGCCCGUCGCGGAUGAGGCCUUCAACACCUUGCGGAUCAAAUUGCGCCCCUUCAGCAACUCAAUCAGGUGUUGAACGACCUGUGUUUAACUAUAUCGUUGAUGCCCGGAAAGGGAAAAAGAAUGCAGGCCAGAUUGAGAAUAUCCAUCAGCUACGCCUGCUGAAUAAUAGAUUCCUGCAGUGGCGCUUUGUGAAUGCACAAUCAGAAGAUACAGUACUACCCCAGAAAAAUGGUGUUGAGAACAUUCUUUAUAGUGUUUCGGAAAGUACCUUGACACUGCGUGAUGCUCCAACAAUAACAAGAAUAAAUGUGCAACACCUGCAGCAAGAGCUGAAUCUGUACAACAUUCUAGCAGAGCAGAUUGGUUACCUUGAGAAAUGGCCGGUACUAGAAGAAGAGAGCACUGCUACUGUAUUUGAGGCGAUCGAGGCUCUUCAAGCAAGCACGUUGUGCCUUCCAGUUACAUCAGGAGCACAGGCUGAUGGAGUUGCAAUUAGGAAUGCUAUUAGCUCAGCGGUUGAUGUUAUGCAAGCUUUGAGUUCCUCUAUGUUCUACUUGCAAUCGAAGGUCCAAGAAAGGACAUCAUUAGUUUCUGAACUUUUGGUUAUGGCGAGGCAGGAAAAGGUUGCUCUUGACCAAUGCAAAGAGCUCUUAGCUACGGCAGCAAAACUGCAGGAGACCAGCCUUCGCACCCAUCUGAUGCAACUGAGGGAGGGAUCUGCAGGAUGAUGAACUGCUAAGCUGAAGACAUUAACACUGCUUUUGACAGAAAUCCGUAGAGAUGAAGUAAGAGCUGUGAUGCAUACUGAGCGCGCGCGCGCACACACAGCACACAAAUUCAGUGACCUUUGAAGAUCAUGGCGCAAAGCUAAUCUGCAGAUUGCAGCUAACGAUAGCUCAUGGUGCUUACAGAUUAUUUAUGGGGAAAGAAAAGUGUUGAUGGUUAAUUUUCAUGGUUCAGUAAUUCUUUUUUUUCCCUGGUAGUUGUUUCUUCAGGGGUAUAGUCUUGUUCUUACCCAGUUCCCACUGUACAUUUUGACUUUUCAGAAGUGCAAAGAAAAGUAAAAAAAGGAUAAAUGAAAAUAAAACAAAUGCCGAUGAAAUUUCAUU